CGCUUCCUCGCCUCAGACUUUCCCCGAGGACAUGAGGAGUGGUAAUACGCUCAGCACGUGACCUCUAAAGUGAACUUCACCCCGUGUCACGUGAGCCGCCGUGCCUGGGAUCCUACUUCCUGACCAUUGCAGAGGGAGAGAUAUUGGAUUGGGUAGCUUGGACAUUUGGAGCACUUCCUGCUUUCCUUCCCAAAGCUUCAAACCAUGCAACUCGGGGUGUUGAGUGGCAAGGUGGCCAUGGUCACUGCCUCUACCCAAGGGAUUGGACUGGCCAUUGCCAGGCGCUUAGCCCGGGAUGGAGCCCAGGUUGUGAUUAGCAGUCGCAAGAAGGAAAGUGUUUGCGAUGCGGUGGGGCAGUUGCAGGCGGAGGGUCUUUCUGUUUCGGGCACUGUCUGCCAUGUGGGCAAGAGGGAGGAUCGCGAGGCCCUGGUCAGCGAGACGCUGAAGCGCCAUGGAGCCAUCGACAUCCUGGUGUCCAACGCCGCAGCCAAUCCCUUUGCAGGGAAGGCCCUUGACUGCUCUGAGGAAGCCUGGGAUAAAAUUUUCGAAAUUAAUGUGAAAGCAGCUUUCCUCCUGGCCAAGCUGGUUGUGCCUCACAUGGAGCAACGAGGCGGUGGCUCCAUUGUGCUGGUGAGCUCUGCUGCUGGCUACCAACCCUUCGCUACCAUUGGGCCCUAUAGUGUCAGUAAGACGGCUCUCCUGGGCCUAACCAAAGUGUUAGCCACUGAACUGGCCCCUGCCAACAUCCGCGUUAACUGCUUGGCCCCAGGCAUCAUCAAGACAAAGUUCAGCUCUGCGUUAUGGUCAGAUGACAGCUUGCGCCAAGAGUCUGAGGGAACUAUCGCCAUGCGCCGGAUUGGGGAGCCAGAGGAGUGUGCUGGCACAGUCUCCUUUCUCUGUUCACAGGAUGCAGCAUACAUCACUGGGGAGACAAUAGUAGUAGCUGGAGGUUUACACUGUCGUCUUUAAACUAAUGUUUGGGCUAUAGGAAUACUUUCCUCAACUUUCAUUCCAGUUGCCUUCCAGGCAUAUUCAUGCUUCUCUCAUCUUUAUAACAUUCUGCUUGUCUUAAAAAAAACACAAAUGCAUUUUUGUACUCCUACACCAAUCCUUCACUCAACCCCUUCAAAUCAAUGCCUCUACAAUCCUGAGAUUCCUCAAUCCGCUUGUUCUGAGCAUUUGAAUUUCCUCACCUCUUCCAUUGUUGGCUGUGCCUCCAAUUGUCUAACUUCUGCAAUUCCCUCCCAAAAACUCUUUUCUUACUCUUUCAUUAAGAUGCUCGUCAGUACCUACUUUUCAAUGGCUUCUCCUGAUAUCAUCUUGGGGGUGGCAGGGGUUGGUUAAUUAAUUGUAUCUGAUAUUUUGUCCUGUAAAAUAUUGCCUGAGAUUUUACAAUGUUAAAGGUUAUCGAAAUAUGUUGUAAUAUGUGAUUCCAGUCUUAAAACUGUAUAACAUUUAAUUGCUGUCUGAAAUGGCUGGGCAAAUCAAUUGUUUCAAAUUUCCAAUUCCUUCAGAGUAUUCUAUAAUAUAGAGCAUUUUGGAAAAUCAUAGCAAGUGCAUGUAUCUCUACAGCUACCUCUUUGAACCUGAGAGUGCAACUCAUCCGAUCUUGAGGAUCUUUCAGCUCCUAACAUAAACAUAAACCAUAAUCAGCUGAAGGUUUGCUACUACAAUGUAUUAAAAUCUUGCUUCCAUUCAGUCGGGAUUGGAGAAGGAAUUGAAUGAGCUAUUUAAUCCAAAAAAGCAUUUUCAUUUUCAAGUAUGUUGUACAAAGUAGAUUGGCUACAAAACAAUAUUAUUUACACACCAUUCAAACAAAUGUUUGAUACAGGAAUUAACCAAGUGUUAUAUUUUUAUAUUUAAACAACUAAUUUGUUCUAAAUUGAAGGAACAAUAAAUCACUCA